GUGCCACAAAGGGACUUCUACCUGUGCAAGAUGGGAUCGACCGCCGGCCGCAUUUGACACCAUCCAUACUACCGGAUUACAAAGAGGAGCAGGAGCGAGCGUGUAGCCAAAUGUCUCCCGUUUCUGAAGAGAGACAACGUGAUGGCCCGGACAAACAGAGCAGCUCCGCCAAGAAGAAGACGCGCACGGUUUUCUCUCGGAGUCAGGUUUAUCAGCUCGAGUCCACGUUCGAUAUGAAACGCUAUUUGAGCAGCUCCGAGAGAGCAUGUCUCGCCUCCAGCCUGCAGUUAACGGAGACACAAGUGAAAACGUGGUUUCAGAACCGGCGGAACAAAUGGAAACGGCAGCUCUCUGCGGAACUGGAAGCUGCGAACAUGGCGCACGCGUCAGCGCAGACUUUGGUUGGGAUGCCCCUCGUUUUCAGAGAUAAUUCGUUGCUCCGGGUGCCGGUUCCGAGGUCCAUCGCUUUUCCUACCCCACUG